GCCCCUCGCCCCCUCCUCUGUUUCUUUCUUGUCUCUCCCCUUCCUUCCCCCUCGCGCGUGCGUCAGCACCUCCUCGGGCUCCUCCGCGGCCUUUGCCUUUCCUCGGGUGGGGGAUAAGAUCGUGGCGUCAUUGCCGCCCGCCAUCACCCCCCCCCCCCCCCCCACCUCAGCUCCCGGCGCCGCGUCGAGGGCUCUGCUGCCACCGCCACCAGCGUCGCCCUGCUCUCUUCCUCCGCUUGUCCUGCCUGUCCUGUCCCCUGCUAUUUAUAAGGAAGGCUAUUUAUAAGGAAGGCAAAGCGGCGGCCAUGUCGUCAUCCGACGCGGCGGCGGCGGCGGCCAGGAAGGGUCGGCUCAAGCAGCGCUACGACAACGAGUUCCGCCUCGUCGCGGGGUGCGUGCCGUACCGGGUGAAGAAGGACGACGAGGGCAACCCGUGCAGCAGCCUCGGCGGCGACCCGGCGGAGGUGGAGGUGCUCAUGAUCUCCACGCCUAACCGGGCAGACAUGGUCUUCCCCAAGGGCGGGUGGGAGGACGACGAGGACGUGUACCAGGCCGCGUCCCGCGAGGUCAUGGAGGAGGCCGGCGUCAAGGGCGUCAUCAACAGAGCUGCACUGGGACACUGGGUGUUCAAGAGCAAGAGCAGCCAGAACAGCACCAGCCCCAGGGUAGCCUGCAAGGGCUGCAUCUUCGCCAUGGAGGUCACCGAGGAGCUCGAGUCAUGGCCGGAGCAGGAAACCCACAACCGGCGAUGGGUCUCCCCCGCCGAAGCCUACCAGCUUUGCCGGUACGACUGGAUGCGGGAGGCGCUCACCGCGCUGCUGGAGCGGCUAUCGGUGAUGGAGCCGGUGGCCGCGGCGGCGGCGGCGGCCACGCAGGAGCUGACCGACCAGCCAGGAAUGUACAUGAUGCUGCAGGCGAGCUCGGACGGCGCGGUGGCGCUGUGCUGAUGGACGAGAGACGCUGCUGCUGCUGCUGUGGAUAACUGAUGAACGCAGCUAGCCAGCGGUCUCCCUCUCCCCCACAUUCAACUGCAAACAAUGGCAACCAUCACAAGAUGAAAGAGAAAUUCAGAUACCCUAAUCACUCGUUUAGAACUUCGCAGUUAGUGAUGAGUCUCCAGUACCCUGCAAGUGUCGUCUGUCCAGUAGCAACUGCACUUUGUCAAGUGUGUAUGCCUGAGCCCCUCGGGUUUGCAGGCAGUUGCGGUCAUCCCCAACACGGUAGUGGUUAGGGCAAAACCGUCCACUUAAUGAUCAAUCCGGUGCCUGCUAAUUACUGGGGGUUCCUCUGUAAUAUCUUGUCGUGUAAUAUGUGGAAAUGGCGUGGCGACUUGCCCGUGCCGUGUGUCUGUAAAUUGCCCGUAAUAUCCUUACAUGGACUCUGCUGAAAUGAUGAAAUGUUGUGAAUAGA